AUGUCUUCUAAAGUUCAAUCCAAAGGUUCCAGAGCCAAAGACCAGCAGGCCUCAACCCCAGAGAGUCUGCCACCCCCGGAGGCCAAUGCUGAAGCCAUUUGCUUCCUCAGCUCCCUUCGGCAGGAGGAGCUGCAGAUGCUGUUCUUCUCGGAGACUUUGGCCAUGGUCUCGAACACAGGGGUGCCUCAGGGAGAGCUGACCAUUGAGGUGCAGAAAGGGAAACACGAAGAUGAUAUGAGCACCAUGUCACACUGCCCCCUCGUGCAUGCCUUCAGCCGCGGCUCCAUGGACAAAAUGCGCUUUGGAAGCUCUGUCCUCGGCUAUCUCACGUGGAAACUGGAGAUCAUGGAACAACAUAGUCAGGAAUUCAUCAAGUUCCCCAUCUUCCCCAUGGAGCGGAAGACUAGUUUGCUGAAGCAGGGGAGUCAGCUGGCCAUGACCAGGAGUGUCAAGGAGGGUGAGGAAAUGACGACUGAAGUGACAUAUUUCCCCUGGGACUCAAUUGCGGGCUUCAUCUCCGAGGCUGCCAACCUGCUGUUGCUGAGGGUGAUGGCCUGGAGGCAGAUGGUGCCCAGUGGUGCCCGCUUCCUGGCCUUGGAUGCCGAGGGCAAACUCUGCUAUUCCACUUACCAAGCCCUGGGCUCGCAGACCAUCCAGGUGGACCGUCGGCAGGCGCAAGUGUUCAUCGUGGCGCAGACCACACACUCGAAUGAGGGCAUCCCCGUGUCCUGCCAGUUCUACCUGCUGUCUGAUGGGCACCUGGCCAAGAGGAUCCAGGUGGGCUCCUCCAGCUGCUGCAUGAUCACCAAGAUGCCUGUCUUGAGGGAGGAGGAUGAGAUUGAGCCUCCCCCGGUAUUUGAGAAGAAGCCCCUGGACUGGGAGGAGGACUUGGAGCUGUACUCGAGGUUCCUGGAACGGAAGGUCUUCAGUUGGCUGGAUGAGGCCCAUCCACAGCAGGGAGGGAAAUCUACUUCACUCAGUCUACCAGUUCAAAUGCUGAUCUCCUCCAAAAGCACCCUCACAAACACACCCGAAUAUCCGGUCACCUCACGGCCCAGUCAAGUUGACACAUAAAAUGAACCAUCACAGUAUGCUGUUACACCCAAGGCAGUGAUUGGGAAAUGGGAUGACGAGGGGAGCUUGAGCAAUAGG